AUAACUUGUGUGAUUUGGCAGCCUCCACAUUCACAUGUAAUUGUGUAAUAUUUUAGGCUGGUUAUAUAAUUUCCUCAUUUGCAAAAACCUGAUGGAUUAUGGCAGUGCCAUAAUAAGAAGCUGAUUAUAUUCGCAGGGAGUAUUCUGCAGGAAGAGAAAGAGGUGAGUGAGAUCAGGAGGGUGUGAAUGAGAGCUGCUAUUGGUUCACCUCUGGGUUGUUGUAAUUAUUAGAGUCAUGCACCUCAGGGACCUGACAGUGGAAAGAUCUGCUCUCACCCAACAACAGUGUAGUGGCUGUGCUUAAAGGAUGGAUGAAGGCCAACAAGAAACUAUUCAGAAUCAUUACACUAAAUCCUCCUCUUUACUGCACACAUAUAAGACAUAAAAAAAAGUCCUAAUAGUUUAUACAUGGGAACAACACUAUAUGCCUUCAGCCUAGCAGAAAUUUGACUGUACAAUAAAAUACAUGAUAUACAUGCGUUUCAAAUUUGUAAGCUGAAAGUUUUAUGAAGACCAUGGAUUCAGCUGGUGGUCCUAAUCCGCAUGAGGGAAAAAUGACUUUUGCUGACUUAGAGGUUAGAGAUGAUGAAAGUCAGAAUAUUCUUUCUCUAUGCUUUGGAGAAAUUGACAAGUGCUGGUGUCUAACCAACAUCAAUACUAAAAUGAUUGAUAAAAAUAAAUCUGAGUUGGACCCCUUGCUUCCUAAUAAUGGUCUGUGGCUCUCAGUCCAUGAUGACGAAAAAGUGUCCACUGGUGCGCAGGCCAUGGCAAGUGAAUCGGUCUGUAACAUGGUGCUUCAGAUCCUGGCUCCGUUCCUCCUGGCGGGCUUCGGCACAGUGAUGGCUGGCAUGCUGCUGGACAUCGUGCAGCAUUGGGAUGUGUUUCGGAACGUAACAGAAAUCUUCAUCCUGGUGCCAGCAUUACUUGGCAUGAAAGGCAACUUGGAGAUGACACUGGCAUCAAGACUCUCUACAGUGGUGAAUGUCGGGAAAAUUAAUUCCUCAAGAGAGAUGUGGAAACUGAUCAUUGGAAAUCUUGCCCUAAAGCAGGUUCAGGCUACAGUGCUGGGCUUACUUGCUGCUUUAGCAGCCUCUGUACUCGGAUGGCUUCUUGAGGAGAAACUGACCAUAAACUAUACAGCACUGUUAUGCUGCAGUAGUGUAGUGACAGCAUUCAUGGCUUCAUUAUUGCAAGGUAUCAUUAUGGUGGGUGUGAUUAUUGUCUCAAAGAGGACAGGGAUCAAUCCAGACAACGUAGCAGCACCUAUUGCGGCUAGUUUUGGUGACCUCAUCACUUUGGGGUUGCUUGCCAUCAUCAGUCAAAGGCUUUUCUAUUGCAUUGAGCUUUACCCCUAUGUCAUCUAUGUAGUGUGUGUCAUCUUUCUGUGCCUGACACCGAUCUGGGUAACACUUUCAUUUUGUCACUCUGAGAGCCACAAACUGUUGUAUAAUGGUUGGGAACCGAUAAUUACAGCCAUGGUUAUUAGCAGCAUGGGUGGACUCAUUCUGGACAAAACCAUUACUGACUCAAACUUAGGAGGAGCAGUGGUUUAUGCCCCUGUGAUAAAUGGUGUUGGAGGUAACCUGGCUGCCAUCCAGUCCAGCCGAAUAGCCACGUAUCUUCAUUUUCACUGCUCGCUGGGAAGCUUACCAGAUGAUGCUAAACGCUUUUACUGUCCAUUCCGCACGUUUUACGGCAAAGGAUAUAACAACAGAACAGCAAGGGUGCUGCUUUUUCUAGCCAUUCCAGGCCACGUGGUCUUUCUCUUUAUUAUUUAUCUAAUGCAAGGGGCCAACACAAGCCCAACACCAACCUUCAUCAUCCUCUACUUGAUUGCAGCUCUAACACAGGUAUUUCUACUGUUGUGCAUAGCAGACUGGAUGGUUCAUUGCUUGUGGAAGUAUGGUCGAGACCCAGAUAGCUUUUCAAUUCCUUAUUUAACAGCCUUGGGUGACCUACUGGGGACUGGCCUUUUAGCUCUUUGUGUUUUUUCUUUGGGUAAUUAAUGAAAAGGACACAAAUACUGUAGGUGGCUGAAAUACAUUUAAUACACAUGUUUAGGAUAUCUUAAACUAUUAUUUCUUUUUACAUUGUUUCUAAUUCUCAAUUUUUGUUAGACUCUUAUCUUGUUCUGACCCAUUGCUCAAAUAUCUCAGACCCUUUGGAAGGCAACAUUAGUUACUUUCUAAGUGAUUCAAAAUUAUUAUUAUUCAUUUAUUAUAUUCUUAUUUUUUCAGCAGUCCAUAUACUUAAAAUGGCAAACUGAGCCAAUCAUGCUUUGUAUAUACCAUGGUGACAUGUGCAUGUAUGUGAACAAUUGCUGGCUGUUUUUGACUGUUGCAGCACAUAAAUGACUGAAAAGAUUAAUUCUCUGGGUUUUCCAGGAAAUAAACAUGAUUAAAAAAACUUUAAAGUUACAUUUAAAAAAACAAAACCAUAACUGAAAACAUUGAUUAUAGAUAUUAUCUGAUUACAUACAGAUUAUUCCCCUAUUCAUAGUGCAUGGUUCCUUUUUAUUCUUCCACCUCUCAGUUUGUAACUAAUCUAUUAAUUUAUUUAUUUAUUGGAUUUAUUGAGGCUUUUAAAUCCAAAACAGUGGGCAAAACAGUUACAUACUAAUGUAACUAACAUAGCAAAGUUUCAAAAUCCCUACUCCUAAAGCUGACCUGUGUUAAAGGCCAACCUCCAACUUGUUAGUGAAAUAGGCUAGUAAUUAAAUGUCUUUUUGAUUUUCUUAAGUCUUAUGUCCUCGUAGGAAGGUCAGACUACAGUAGAGCCUUUGGGGAAGGUAUUCAAUUUAAUUCAAUUCAAGUUUAUUUGUAUAGCGCAUUGUAAGGAAGGUACAGUGCAGGAUGAAGGCAAAGAACAAGGGUGUACAAGAGUGAAGAGACAGUAUGAAAGAGAAAAAUAUGUGUAUUUGGAUAGUUAUGUACAGUUGCAUUCAGUGAUAACUGAAGUAAAUGUACUAGAUGCACUAGUAACAGAUGAAUUCAGGGAAAGGGAAGAGGAAUAAAUGAAAAAUGAAAUAAAUGAGAUAGCUAAGAAAUGGAUUAUGAGCAAUGCAGGGAAGAAAAGACAGUGAUUGGAGAAAAGCUAUAUUUUGAAGACACAGACAAGGGAAGUAGAAGCUGGACAGAAAAGGUCGUUUGGCCGCUCACCCCAAAAAUCUGUGAGAAGUUGUUUGUAGAAAAAACUAUGGGCAAGUUGCUUGCAGUUGUGGACAUAAAGGAAUUGCUGUCAAAGAUCCUAGGACAAAAUGGGUAAAGAUGGAGGAGAUCCUAGGUUCUAGACAUGAGAGGAGCAGUGGAAACUCCGGUAGUGGACGGGAGACAUUUUGAGCCAGCACAUCUUAGACUGUGGCAUGCCAUUUGGGCUGACCUCCCGCUUAAAGUAGACCCAAAGGCCUCAACAACUUUCCCUUUGCAGUGAUCAGUAUCUACAGUCAAAUGCCAGAGUCAGCAUGGUGGCAAAAAAAUUUAUUCCAGAAAGGACAAAAUGGAAAGCAUAUGUCAUAAGCAUAAGCAUAAGCCUGGUUUGGUCCACCUAGGGAUGUGCUGGGGAUGUGGACAACACAACUGUCCCAUCAGUCCAAUUCAUCAGGCCCCAGGGACAGUUAGUUGUUGCAUACGAAUGGUUGGCAACAGCCCUAUCGAGAUCAACUUCAAAUGGCUAAACUUAACAAAACGUGUGCUAGCCCAAAACCUGGUUGAGGUAUUACCCUUACAGUAAUGAGCUAUUGCAUGCCAGCUAACAGAGACACACAUCUAACACCACAUGAAAUGCUUUUCAGAUCAACCCAUGCCAAUGCUAGGGCAAAUUCCCUGUAAUGUUUUGCCUCUGGAAUAGUUGCUGAUGGAACCGGAAAGCUUUUAUGCAACAAUUAACUUCAAUACUCAAUGCU